AUGAUGUCAAGCGCUGAUAAGGCUGAGACUAAGAGUAGUGCUCUUGGGAUUGACCGUGAUGUUUCUGCGGUAGAAACUCGGCGCCAAUUUGAUAUGCGUGGGGAAGGUGAUUCGGUGCUAAAAACCGCUUCGAGGGAAGAAGAGAUGAGCUCAAAGGGGGGCUCCCAGGUUUCAAAUCCUCUUAUCCAGUAUAGAAAUACGAACUCCGUGGAUAAGUCCCUCUCUGAGAUGACAAAACCUACUUUUGUGCCUAAUAAUACCCCGGUUCAGAGUCCACUUGGUUCCCCUCAGUUGGAGCAUUCCGCGACGCAAACUACCCAAAUCUUGCACACUGACACCUGUAGUUCAGCUACUAGAGACAGCCUGCUUCGUGACUCGCUGACUUCGACCUCUAGUUUACCAGAAUUACGACCUCCUUCAGUGCAUUUUCCUCAAAUUCGUCUACGCGACGUUCUACGCAACGACGAUAACGGCGGCUGCUUGCCGCCCAAACCAGAAAACGUUGCCGCCUGUGUUGGAGAAAAAGAUCACGUGGUUUCACAUAUACAACAUCAUUCGUCUGGGAUAGUGAAGAACAAAGAUGGAACGGUGAGCGGAAGCUCGUCACAACAGGAUAAUGAUAACUCUCCAAUAGCGAUAAUUAACAGGAGAAAUUUUUUCAACACUUCAGACUCAAGAUCUUCUGGUUCUUUGCAGCCUUUGGGGGCAAGCGGCAGUGGCAACUCACAAUCAUUGGGAGAAAACGUGAAAAAUACGGAACAGAGCAGUCAGGGCAGUGAGAGAGACGUACAAGUCUCAGAACUCAGUGGAAGUCCUUCGAGAAGGGGCUCCGAGCAACAGAAAAAGCGGUUCGGCGAUAGGAGUAGUAGCAGUGGUCAAGAAUGCGGUAUAGCACCAACGAUUUUUUAUUUUGACAAGGAUAGGUCUGUGACGGAUCCGUAUGUAAAGCACGAUCAGGCCAAUGAGAAGAUCAGAAUCUCGUCAUGGAUAAACUCCAAGCAGAAUGCACAGAUAUACUCUCUUAUUGAGAAUAACGGCAACAGCGAAAAGCAUGAAGGUGACUACGAGAACAACAAAAAUGCUAAUAAUCCCAUAACAUGCGAGAAUAAUGAACUAUCCAGAAAUGAUAGAUCAGGUUUUAGCAAUAAUAGAAGACCGUAUUCGUCAGACGGAUUUAUAUCACCACAGCCGCCCAGAUCAGCACUUUCCAUGAGUAGUUCCCUAGGUGGCGGGGCUGAAUUGGAUUUAGCUGACUCAGCAGAUUCUAUUAUUGAUACAAGACGGUUUGGUGAUGUGGCGAUUGAAGGAGAAGAUGAGAAAUUCAUACCACCUCCCCCUCCAAAAUUCAUUAAUUCGAAACUUGAUGGACUAAGAACAAGACUUCUAGUUAAUCCAAGAGCAAAUUCGAAUAAGUUUGAAGACGACAUUGGAACGGCAACUGCUGCUGCUGUACUAUCUAACAUGAGGUCAACCCCUUUGCGAUUUUCAGAUCGGUCUCAAAUGUUCUCACCUAACAAUAACACAAAUAGUAAAGCUACCUACAAUAGUAGUAACACUACUAGUUCAAGUCGACCGGGCUCUUCUUCUUUUUCGUCCGUGAAGAAUUUUCCUAGACCAGUCAUACGAGUACAUCAAAGAGAAAGCCCACUUGAAGACACUGAUGAGAGUGCUAUUCUUGAUGAUAAUGAUGACGAGGAUGAUGACGAGGAAUAUGGUAAUGAAAAAGGAAUAGAAUUGGAAAAUGAUGAAGAAAAAGCUGGUCUUACAAACACUAAAAAAAAUCAAAAAGGAGAUAUCAAAUAUAUCAAUGAUGUCACAAAUUCAUCUAAUGUAAUCAAAAGACAGAAAUUAAAAACAAGUAUCAAAGAAGAAGAUGUAACUAAAGAAGUGACAUGGAAUAAAAAUGGGAAAAGAGUAACUACGCGCAAAUUACUGGAAAGCCCUAAUCGGCGGAGAAGACCCAGAAAUAGAACCAAUAAGGCAAAGGAGUCUAAAGAUGACAACUUUCACUCUGACACUGGAAGAGAUGAUGAGGAUUCCAAAGAAGAAGAAGAAGAUGAAGAAUAUACCGCAAAAACAGAAAGUCAAGGGUGCAAUAAGAAAAAUUCAAUGGGAUCGCGUUCAAGGACAGGGUGUUGGAUAUGCCGUUUAAGAAAGAAAAAAUGUACAGAAGAAAGGCCACAUUGUUUCAAUUGUGAGAGACUGAAUUUAGAAUGUAAUUAUGGUAGUGCAAAACCGGAUUUCAUAUUAGACCCUGCGAAGAAACAGCUUAAAUUGGAGGAAAUUAAAAAGAAAACAAAAGAGGCAAAGCGCAAUGCUAUGAGAAAGAAACCAUUUCGUUGA